AUGACAAACACAGAUUCAUCAUCCGGACAUUCGACUCCACCCUCCCCAGCAACAACAAUGUCAACCCACACCCAACCUGACAACCCCGCAGUCGACAACUCCAUGGACGACAUCUUCGGCUCCUCCCCACCCCACGAAACCAUCGCGUCAACCAACCCAAUCGCCUCAUCCGAACCCUCCGACCUCCCCAGUCUCCGUCGCCAACAUGUCACAGCAGGCUACCGCGACGGCACGUCCGCCUCAAAGGGUGCGCACGUGCAAGAAGGCUUCGACGGAGGUUUCCCCGUCGGCGCGCAGCUCGGUAUGCGCGCCGGUACCGUACUAGGCAUUAUGGAGGGACUACUACGCGGGUUCGAGGAGCGGAGUGGGCCGGGUGUUGUGAAGAAGGCUGUGCGGAUGGGUCAUUCUGCUACUGGAUCAGCUACGAAGACGGAUGACAGUGGAAAUACUGAAAUUGCGGAACUACGCCAACAGAAGAGGGAGCAGAUCCGUGUGCUUUACGAAGCUGCGUUGAAGGAGCUAGAUGUGCAGGCUGUUUUUGCCGGGGUUGAUGCGGGCGCGUCGGAGGAGCCCAAGGCCCAGGGCGAAGAAGAAAAGGCGGAAAGGCAGCUUGGACGGAAGGGGGAUGUUGUUAUUUCCAAAUGGGAAGGCAGGGUUGAUGUUCCGAGGUGGGAGGAGAACAUGGAGGCUUUGGAGAUGAAGGAGACUGAGAAGGAGCAGGCCCAGGCCCAGGCCGUGGAACACAGUUGA